UCUCAUCGGUCACUUUUAAAUUGAAGAUACAUCCCUGUACCAGAUCUCCUGAGAGUGUAACAGUAGGCAUUAAGGGGGAAAAAAAGACAUCAAAGAAUCAACCUGGUAUCUGUAGUAGUGGAUUUUUUGUAGAGUAGCUUUGGCAAGAUAAGGGUUUUGCUGAAUUUUUGUUAGCUAGUUACAGGUGUUUUGGUUUCCGCAUCUUAUUGGACGGCUCUAAGUCAUUAUCAACAUGGAGAAAAUGCUUCCUGCCACAGAGGCGGUCAAAAUCUACCAGACAAACUACGUGAGAAAUGCCAGAGCAAUUGGUGUCUUGUGGGCAAUUUUCAGCAUCUGCUUUGCCAUCAUCACAGUGGUGGUGUUCAUUCAGCCCUACUGGAUUGGCGACAGUGUCAACACACCACAGUCUGGCUACUUCGGGCUCUUCUACUACUGCAUAGGCAACCCCAUCACCUCAGAGCUUGUCUGCAAGGGCAGUGUGCUUGACUUUAACUCCAUUCCGUCCGGGGCAUUUAAGACUGCCAUGUUCUUUGUGGGAAUCGCAAUGCUGCUUAAUGUGGCCACCAUGGUCUCCUUCAGUCUCUUCUUCUUCUGCAGCACAGCCAGUGUGUACAAGAUAUGUGCAUGGAUGCAGACCUCAUCAGCUGCGCUGUUGGUGAUGGGCUGUAUGAUUUACCCUGAUGGAUGGGACUCUCCUGAGGUAAAGCGGAUGUGUGGCGAGCGGACAAGUAAGUACACACUGGGGAACUGCACAGUGCGCUGGGCCUACAUUCUAGCCAUCAUCUGCAUCCUGGAUGCCCUCAUGCUCGCGCUUGUGGCCUUCACACUGGGAAACCGCCAGGACAAACUGCUGCCUGAUGAAUUCGAACUGGACUCAGGGGAAGGUAAGAUGAAGAAGUAAACAAUUAUUUAGAAAAACUAUUGGUGAGCUUGGGCACUUGAUUUAAAGUGUGUCUCACUGCUAAAAUCAGACUAGACGAUAAAAUUCAUAAAGCUAGAAUUUUCCAGUGUAACGUGUUUGGAUUAUAUGAUAAGCAUUGCUUAAAUUCAGUAUUUACACCGAUCAGCCAUAUCAAUAUUGCCAUUGCAUUAUCCUGCUGAAAGGCCACUGCUAUAAAUGAAUACCAUUGCCAUGAUGGGGUGUACUUGGCCUGCAACAAUGCUUAUUUAGGUGGUAUGUGUCAGUGUAACAUCCACAUGAAUGCCAGGACCCAAGGUUUCCCAGCAGAACAUUGCCCAGAGCAUCACACUGCCUCUGCCGGCUUGCCUUCUUCCCAUAGUGCAUCCUGGUGCCAUCUCUUCCCCAGGGUACGCGAUGCACACGCAACCGGCCAUCCACCUGAUGUAAAAGAAAACGUGAUCCAUCAGACCACGCCACGUUCUUCCAUUGCUCCAUGGUUCAUGCCCACUGUAGGUGCUUUUGGUGUUGGACAUGGGCACUCUGACUGGUCAGCAUGGGCACUCUGACUGGUCUGCAGCUAUGCAGCAAGCUGUGAUGCACUGUGUCCUGACACCUAUCAUAGCCAGCAUUAAAUUUUUCAGCAAUUUGUGCUACAGUAGCUCUGUGGGAUCAGACCAAUGACCUAUGACGCUGUCGCUUGUUCACCGGUUGUCCUUCUUUGGACAACUUUUGUUAGGUACUAACCACUGCAUACCAGAAACACCCCACAAGACCUGCUGUUUUUUUAGAUGCUCUGACCUAGUCAUCUAGCUGUCACAAUUUCGCCCUUGUCAAAGUCACUCAGAUCCUUACGCUUGCCCAUUUUUCCUGCUUCCAACACAUCAACUUCAAGAACUGACUAGUUGCUUGCUGCCUAAAAUAUCCCACCCACUGACAUGGGGCCAUUGCAAUAAGAUAAUGUUAUUCACUUCACCUGUCAGUGGUUUUAAUGUUAUGGCUGAUCAGUGUAAAUUGCUGAAGCUAGGUACAUAAUUCAAUAUUUGAAUUUAUAAUUCAAAGAAAAGUCACAAAAUAUACAAAACCUAUAUAUACACACAAAGUUUUGGCUUCAAAAACAUAAUGACAACUUAAUUCUUUGUCACUACAGGAAAGGCCUGAAUCCAAAAGCUGUUCUGACA